UAGGGCGGCUCCUAGGUGAGAAACUUGCGUGGGCUUUGGAUCAAUAUUCUCCUGCAGGUUCCUCUGCGAGAUGUAUCCCCGUGGAAGCCGCGAUGAGAUUCUGGAGAACGGACGACUUCCGUUCUGUGGAAGUUAAUGGGUACGGCGCGCCAGAGUGGUUCGCUAGAGAUCUAGUGGCUGGGAUAGCAAAGUGCAAAGGGGAAGGGAGGGAUCGAUGGAAUGUGAGAUUUUCGAGCGAUCUGUCGAAUACGUGCCGGUACCAUGAGCAUGCGCGGCUCGGUCGGCCGUGCUAUAAGAGCCGCCGUCCAUUCUAGCAGAUUUCGGAAACCGCACCGAAGAUGGAGCCUUAAUUUUUGAAAUAUUGAAAUCUUAGCUGAUUAUGUAUGGUAAUAUGCAUCAGGCUACUACGAUACCUUCGUGGGAA